AAAAUGAAAGAAGAAAUGUCUUUCUCAAACACAGAUCCCUAAAUAAUCAUAAGCCUUGUUUGGUUUCAUAUUUCAUUGCCUCACCCCCCUUUCUUCUUCACCAACACAACUUAGUUUUUAGCUCAUUCUUUUUGCUCACAUAUUCUCUCUUUCUCUCUCUAAAAGUAUUAUCCAUUGGUUUUUUUCAGUUUAUACAUUUUGGUCAAUGAUUGAGCCUAUUUCUUACCUUGAGAGCAACAUUUUCACUUCUAACCCGACUUCUAUUAUGAAGUCAAUCAACAAUCAUGAUGGAAAUCGAAACUGCAACAACUCCAACAACAACAACAACAACAACAACAACAAUGGUUGGUUAUUAGGUUUCUCACUUUCACCUCAACAAACCAACAACACAAUGAGUCAUCAUCAUCAACAACAACAACAACAACAACAACAACAACAACAACAACAACAACAACAACAACAACAACAACAACAGCAACAACAACAGCAACAUGUUGCUAGCUUAAACAGUUCAUUCUCUUCUCAUGAAAAUUUUCUCGAAAACAACAACAUUUAUGCUACUAAUAAUGAUUACUAUGGAGGAUCAUCAACUACAACAACUGAUCAUCAUCAAGUGCAUAAUAAUAAUGGGACUAAUCAUAAUCAUCAUCAUCAUCAUAAUUUCUUCUACUCUCAUCCUUUCUCUCUCAUGCCUCUCAAAUCUGAUGGCUCUCUCUGUCUUCCUCAAGGAAUGGUGCAAGCAAUAGGUGGGAAUUGUUCAUCUACAACAACAACAACAAGUGCAACACCCAAGUUAGAGGAUUUCUUUGGAACUCAUCAUCACUAUAAUCAUCAUAAUCAACAACAACAACAACAACAACAACAGGAAGUUGUGCAUGUGCAACAACAAUACCCAUUUUACCCUCAAUUAUACGAAAAUUCUGCAGGUGCACUACAAGGUAAGGAACACCAAGUAGUAGGAGAUCAACUCCCAGUUUGCAGUAUGGGAAUUGAGACAGAAAUAUCAGCAGGGUUAAGGAAUUGGGUACAGAGGGGUUACAUUGGGAGUUCUGAUCAGGAUCAUGAUCAUGAUCAAAUCAACGGUGGAGAUCAUAAUCAAUCAGGUGUGGUGACAGUAGUGAGUAGUAGUAGUAGUAGUAAUAGUAAUAGUACUAGUACUACUACUGGUGGGCCCAUGAGUGCAAUUGGUUAUGCUGAUUUGCAAUCUUUGAGCUUGUCAAUGAGUCCUGGGUCCCAGUCCAGCUGUGUGACUGGGUCCCACCAGAAUCAGAUUGCUUCCGCCGUGGGAACAACCCAGUCGCCGUCGUCUAUGGUGGUGAUGGAGAGUAGCAGGAAGAGAGGUGGGGAGAUAAUUGAGCAUAACAACAAACAGAUUGUGCACAGGAAAUCUUUGGAUACUUUUGGACAACGAACUUCUCAAUAUAGAGGUGUUACUAAGCAUAGGUGGACAGGAAGAUAUGAAGCUCACUUGUGGGAUAACAGUUGUAAGAAAGAAGGUCAAAGCAGAAAAGGAAGGCAAGUUUAUCUAGGAGGAUAUGAUACAGAAGAGAAGGCAGCAAGGGCAUAUGAUAUGGCUGCACUCAAAUAUUGGGGACCCUCUACUCAUAUCAAUUUUCCGUUGGAGGAUUACCAACAACAACUUGAAGACAUGAAGAACAUGACUAGGCAGGAAUUUGUUGCUCAUCUUAGAAGGAAAAGCAGUGGUUUUUCAAGAGGUGCAUCAAUAUAUAGAGGGGUUACUAGGCAUCAUCAACAUGGAAGGUGGCAAGCUCGAAUCGGUCGAGUUGCUGGUAACAAAGACCUCUAUCUUGGCACAUUCAGCACUCAGGAGGAAGCGGCCGAGGCGUACGACAUUGCUGCUAUAAAAUUCAGAGGGACUAAUGCAGUCACAAAUUUCGACAUCGUACGGUACGACGUAGACCGUAUUAUGGCUAGUAGCACCCUUUUAGCUAGGGAGCUAGCUAGGCGUACCAAGGAGCCACUCCCUCUACCACCACCACAACCACCACAACAACAACCACCACCACCACCGGAAAACAACAAUGCCGAGGAGGAGGAACUAGAAAAACCCGACUGGAAAGUUGUCAUGUACAACUCAUCUCAGCAUCAGCAACAACAGAGUGAUCAGAUAUGCGGCGGUGGUGGUGGUGGUAGUGGUGGUGGUGGUGGUGCUAAUUUCUCGAACGAGUCAUCAUUGGUUACUAGCUUGAGUAGUUCAAGGGAGGAUAGCCCUGAAAAGAACAACAACAACAACAACACUAAUAUUAGCAGCAACAGCAGAAGUUUGCCCUUGGCUUUUACAAUGCCACCUUCAUCAGCAACAAAACUGUUUACUGCUAAUAAUCCUGCAUCAAGUAUUGGGACUUGGAUUAAUCAACCUGUUGAACUUAUUAGGGCUCCUUCUAUUUCAUCACUCCCUCAAAUGCCACUUUUUGCUGCUUGGGCUGAUUUACAUUGAGGAGAAAGAUAUGGUAGUUUGUCACAUGCAGUGUUACCUAAUUCCCUAAUCCCAAUUAGGUAAUGAUGUAUUUGUGUUUUUGUUUGGCAUAUCAUUAGAUUUGGGUAUAAGGUGUAAUAGUAUAUUAAUUAGUAAUUAAAUCGGUGGGUGGGUUUUGUUUAGCAUAUCAUUAGAUUUGGGUAUAAGGUGUAUUAGUAUUAUUAAUUUAGUAAUUAAAUCGGAGGCGGAAGGCGUAAGGUGGGUUGAUUUAAUAUUAUUUAAAGUUUUAUUAAGUGGGUUUAUUGUA